CGUAGUCCGCGAACUCUAACACCAUCUCCUCCGCACGAAUGUCCUCCCUCGGUGCAGGAUAAAUGAUGACGAUCAUGUUGCGUUUUCUGUUUCGUUGAAAAGCAACGCAAUACAACACAAUGCAGCAAAUGUUUUGUUUCAUCAUUGGGUCGCAGGCAGGAUUUCCAAGCACAGCAAGCCGACGCAUUCUUGUUUAAAUCCCUCACGCAUUUCAUUAAAAAUCAGCACUGCGCUUUUCGGAAAGAAUGCCUGGAGCAGGUGUUGCGGCCGCUCUCGCCGCCUUCAUAGGCGCCAACCCGAGUGGUGACCAUCAGCCGGUCUUGCUUCCUUCCAGAACCAAUUACGCUUUUCUUUCUCCGCGAGGACCAUUCGCCACAAGCGAUAACGGCGCGGGCGCGUGCCUCGGUACACAAGACCACACGAUCUGGGAGGAUGUAAAAACAGAUAUGAAUGACUUCAUGAAAACAUGCAUUCUGCAGGGCCCGCCGGGAUGCGACUACCGGGGACACUGCAUCAACGCGUUUGGCCACCCGGAUAAACCCAACGAGGGUGCCGAAUGCAUGGCGCACUGCAUUUCUGUGCGGGAGGGUUUUGACGCGCCGUGUGCAGAUUGCUUUGGUAAACUGUCGCGGUGCACAUUCGAGAACUGCGCAAUGAGCUGUUUGGAUCCCGAGGCCGCCAUGUGCAAAUCCUGCAUUUUAAAAUUCAAAUGCGAGGAGAGUUUUAAGGCGUGCAGCGGUCUCACCGACCUUCCGGGCGCAAAACAGCCCGGCGCUGCGAGAGAAGCCAUUGAGAUGCCUGCGAGUUCAUCCUCCACACCAGCAGCGGAGAUGGAACCACGAGAAAAUUCAACACCAUCAAGCAUCGUCAUGUAGUGCCAGGCAGUGCGCAACAGCAAUGGAGACCAAUUCCUCCACUUUUUGAGAAUACAGACGGACUCAACUCAUUACGAGGCAUGAACAAAGGUUGAUAGCGUCUUGCUUGUGUCUUAUGCGACAAAAACAAAUUUUCUUCGAAAAUGAAAUGCAUAAAAGAAACAGUCUUGGAAUCUCUCGAAUCUUUUAGGUAAUAUUUUUUGCAAAAAUGAAUGAAAUACAAAUAUCUAUGCACAAUGAAUGCAUGCCUUCGCAACUCUCUGUGUGUGUUUGUGCGAGUCGCCACCUUUG